CGGGCGGUGCAAUGCUGCGGAUUCGUGUGGGGCUCUCACCCACCAAAACCCCCUCCUCAACAAUAAAGUCGAUAUCUCGGGGACCGUCACCCACGCAGCCCACCCACGCCUCCCACGCACCCCUACCCACACAACCCAACCCUCGCCUCCCACCCACGCAACCCAACCCACGCCUCCCACCCACGCACCCCUACCCACGCAUCCCUACCCACGCAACCCAACCCACGCCUCUCACCCACGCAACCCAACCCACGCCUCCCACCCACGCAACCUCACCCACGCAACCCCACCCACGCCUCCCACCUACCCACACAACCCAACCCACACAACCCAACCCACACAACCCAACCCACGCAUCCCACCCACCCCACGCAACCUCACCCACGCAACCCCACCCACGCAACCCCACCCACGCAACCCCACCCACGCAACCCCACCCACGCAACCCCACCCACGCAACCCUACCCACGCAACCCCACCCACGCAACUCAACACACGCCUCCCAACCCACGCAACCCAACCCACGCACCUCAACCCACGCACCUCAACCCACGCACCCCAACCCACGCACCCCAACCCACACACCCCAACCCACGCACCCCAACCCACACACACCAACCCACGCACCCCAACCCACGCACCCCAUCCCACGCAUCUCACCCACGCACCCCAUCCCACGCAUCUCACCCACGCACCCCAACCCGGCCCAACCCACGCUCCCCUACCCAGACAACCCAACCCACGCCUCCCACCCACGCACCCCAAACCCACGCAUUCUUCCCGCGCUUUCCAACCCACGUUUUUUUUUUUUUUUUUUUUUCCAACCCACUCUUUCUACCCGAGCUUCCCACCCACGCUUCCCUCCCGCCCUUUCUACCUAUGCGUUUUCCUCUGCGACCUAAGAUAUCCGUGA